AUGGAGACGUCAUCACAGCGCGGACUCAGAGGAGGGUUGUGGAAAAACUCAAGAGGCCAUCAGUACAGCAAGGAGACCCGGGACCUGGUGACAUCAAUGAUGCAGGAGUUCACGCUCAGCAACCUCCAAAAAAAGCAGAUCAGUGACUGUCUGAACAAUGGCUCAGCCUUGCCACUGACCGCUGAGCCUUCAUCAUCAGCUUCCUCUCCUCAGCCUAAAACCAGUCAACGCUCCCAGAAACCUCCCCCAGGCCGGCCUCAGAGACGGAGUGCUGUUUGUUGUCGCUCUGGAAACAGCUACGUCCGACAAAAGUUCUGUCCUGCUCCAACAAGAGACUUAGAAAAAGAGAAGAGGCGGCUUCAAAACAUCUUGGCAACAGGACAUGAACAAUCACCAGAGGAUGCAGCCUCCCAAAACGUUGCUGCAAAUCUGAAGCCUCAAGUAACAGAGGGGAUUGACCGCUAUCAGGAAGUUCUGGAUGAGAUUGAGGAAAGAAGACAAUUCCUGUCUUAUAUGGCCUCUCUAGGACAGGACAAGCAGUAUAUCCACACCAUUAACACAGAGAUAUCACAGAAAAUCAGGGAACUGGAGAUGCUGGAUGGCGAACAGUGAUGGUGUCUGAGCUGGGCAUGGAUCAGAGAUUGUGACAUUUGCAAGGACAAGGUCACAGUGACCAAGCAGUUGUGUUUGAAGUGUGUCAUAUUCCAUUCACAACGAAUAAACAACGGUAUUGUACUUGUA